AAUACAAGUACACAAAACAUUUUUGUAAUAAUUAAAUAAAAUACAUAAAUAUAUUUUCCUCAAUAUUAUUGCAAUUACAAAAUGAUUCUAACCACACAAAUAACUAUAACUUUGAUGGGAAUUAAUAUUUUGUCAUUUAUACCGAACCCAAUUCAAGGAAGAUGUUUAAGUUUAUCGAAAACUGAUACCCAAGAUUUUUGUCAAAAUAACGAAAGUUUUGAUAAAAUGGACCAUAAUAUAUCAAAUGCCUAUGAAAAUGAUGCUAAAACUACUACUAUAUCGCAAAUUUCACCCAAAACAAAUGUCAAAACUGAUUUAAAUGACACAGAAUCUUGCUCUUCUUCCACAGCAAAUAAUUUGCAGGAUCAAUUAAUUAGUUUGGCAAUUGAAAAUCUCUUGGAUCUUUAUGGCUUAAACAGAAAAUUAUCUCAAUCUCCCAAAGGCAUAAACAACUCAAUUCGGGAUGUAACAAGAAUUAAUAAUGAAGAUCAAGAUAAUAUAGAGGAUAUAAAUAAGAGAAUUGUGAAACGUUCGACUAGGGAACGAAAAGCUCCAACCUAUAAGGAGAAUAUUGAACAAAAUAUAAACUCGAAACAUCGCAUUUCUCAUGGGAAACAUCGCAAAUCUUUUAAAUAUUAA